AACUGUGGCCCUGCUGCCGCCUGCCAACUGAGAAUGUUGUGCAAGGCUGGGAGAGCAUCGCCCAGCGUGGGCUGGGGGGAGCUGGGUUUGGGGAGAGUCUUACAGACGGGGAAGGGACUCACAGACGCUGGUGGCAGCUUUCAACAGGGGCAAACAUUGAGUCCCUGCAGCAGCACCCUUUAGCGCAAAUACUAUCUGAGCACCAGCACUGAAGAGGUUUCAGAGGUACUGAGGCAAUUCUGCAGACCCCAGGCCAGAGCAUCUGCAGGCUGCAUCAGCAGUGUCUUGCCCUGACUCAACUACCGGGAGACAGCAAGGACAGACGCCAACCCCUUCCGCCACUUACCCAUGGCCACCGGUAUGGAUGGUGAUGACACCGUCACCGCCGAGGUCUGCAAUGAAGCUGACAUUGGCGAUGGAGAGCUCUGUGAGGUGAUGGUGGCUGGCCACCCGGUGCUGCUGGUGAGGAACAAGAAGGAGUUCAGCGCCCUCGGCAGUAGGUGCCCACACUAUGGUGCUCCACUCAGCAAAGGAGUCUUGAGGGGGCACAGGCUGCGCUGCCCCUGGCAUGGAGCCUGCUUUAACAUCAAAACAGGAGAUAUUGAGGAAUACCCUUCUCUGGACUGUCUUCCCUGCUUUAAGGUAACAGUGGAAGAAGGAAAGGUGUUUGUUACAGCAAAAAAGAAGGAUCUCGAAAGUGGCGUGAGGGUGAAGGACACAAGCAAACGGUGUCUUCUCAACCGGACCACAGCGCUGCUCCUUGGGGGAGGUGUGGCUGCCCUGGUCUGUGCAGAGACACUUCGCCAAGAGGGCUUUACUGGCAGGAUCAUCAUGGCCACCAAAGAGAAACAUGCUCCAUAUGACAAGUCCAGACUGAUCAAGGAAAUGACCAUGAAAGCUGAGGACCUCUACCUAAGGAAACCCGAAUUCCUCAGUGCUCGUGACAUAGAGCUCUGGACAGAGAAAGAGGCAGUGUUGGUGGAUUUCCAGAAGCAGAAGGUCCACUUUAAGGAUGGAUCCUCUCAGAAGUACAAUCAGCUGCUCAUUGCAACAGGCAGCCACUCCAGCUUCCUCAAAGUCCCAGGUGCAGACCUGCAGAACGUAUGUCAUCUCCAAACCCCAGAAGACUCUAGCAAGAUCUUAGAGCUGGCAGCUGGGAGGAAUGUGGUGGUCGUAGGAGCUUCAUUCAUAGGAAUGGAGGCAGCUGCCUUCCUCUCAGACAAGGCUGCUGCUGUCUCAGUGGUGGAAAAAGACGAGUUCCCUUUCCAGAAAACGCUGGGUCCUCAGGUCGGAGGCGUUUGCAUGAAGAUGCUGCAGAAUAAAGGGGUGAAGUUUUACACGAAAACAGAACUCUGUGAGCUGAAAGGGAAGGAUGGAAAGGUCACAGAGGCCAUUAUUGCCAGCGGAGAAAAACUACCUGCAGAUGUGGUGGUGCUGGGGAUAGGGGCGUUUCCCAACUCUGCAUUUCUGAAGGGCACCUCCAUCGCCAGAGACAGCAGCGGUGCCAUCCUGGUGGAUCUGUACAUGCAGACCAACAUCCCCAAUGUCUUUGCUGCGGGGGACGUGGUCUCCUUUCCUGUAGCGCUGCUCAACGGGGAGUGCUCCAGCAUCCAUCACCAACAGGUGGCCGAGGCCCACGGUUCCAUUGCUGCCUUUAACAUGCUGAAGAAACUGAAGGAGUUGCACACUGUCCCCUUCUUCUGGACCACAAUGCUUGGGAAAAGCAUCCACUACGCAGGCUGCGGGAAGGGAUUCACAGACACCAUUGUGAAGGGCAGCUUGGAGCAACAGAAGUUCCUGGUUUUUUACAUCAGCCCGCAGAGCCUCCUGCAGCGGGGACAUGGCUGCACAUCACCCUCCCGUGGCUGCGCACUGCAGGCAGCUGCCAGCCUGCGAACCAGCAGGGAGACGAUUUCAGAGCAAAACAAGCAGGGCAGGCACGGAGAAGAGGCUGAGCUUCCAGCACCUUCCACGGGAGAUCUGACAAAAGCCACGCUGCCCCAUAACUGAAAUGGGAGAAGCCAGCACUGGGAUGGAGACACCAUCCAGGCUGGGAGCCUGGGACACGUUCCCCUCUCCCUCUGCCCCCAGACUUGGUGCCCAGCCCCAGCAGCACCCGGGAGAUCUGCCACAAGUCCUCGGGCACCCCGUGGCACCGGCCACCCUUCCCUGAGCCUCCUGAAGCACAUCUGGCCUCAGGGUGGCAGGGGGAUGCUGCCCCGCCGAGUUAUUUGCGCUGAGAUCCA